AUGACCUCCCGCACAUAUCUCGCCUUUCAGCAAGACGCAAGUCUUCACAACCUUGAGACCAUUGUGACCGCUGUUCACCCUUUCAAUAUACUGGACGAAUCUAGCCGGCAGCUCUUCAAGGAUGCCAACGAUUGCCAUGUCGUUGUGACCGAGAAGACCAUCUUCCAUCCCCAGGGAGGUGGUCAACCCUCCGACAUAGGCGUGAUCAAAGGCCCUGUUAGCACUUUCACCGUCACGGCAGUUCGCAUGGAUGCCAAUGGACAAGUGCUUCACCUCGGCCUUUUCGGGGAUUCAUCUUCGCUUUUCAAGGACGGGGAAGCAGUUGAGCAGGCAAUUGAUGUCGAGAAGCGUCUGCUUUACUCCCGCCUUCAUACCGCAGGCCAUGUACUCGGUUCCGCAGUCCGACAUCUGCUGGAGAAGGAGAUCGAGAACUUCGAUGAAUUGAAGGCCUCUCACUUCCCCGACUCAGCAGCAUGUGAAUUCAAAGGCUCAAUCGAGGGAAAAUGGAAAGACCCUAUCCAGCAGAGACUAGAUGAAUAUGUCGCUGCCAAGAUGCCCGUUCAGAUCGAGUGGUGGGACGAAGAUGAUUUCCGUUCGCGCGGACUGGAACGAUUGAUACCAGAUCGCAGUCUGGUCCCCGCUGGUGAAAAGUCCCGUGUGGUAAACAUUGUUGGGGCUGAAGUGUAUCCUUGUGGAGGCACGCAUGUCGAUACUACGGACUUGUGUGGGCCUGUGACAGUGAAGAAGAUAUCAAGAAAGACAGGCAACUCGCGUGUCAGCUAUGUGGUGAAAUAA